CGUGAGACGAAGUCUACCUAGACGUUCCUCCGUGUUCCUCCUCACAUUCGAUAUAUUUUCUUCAAUGGAACAGACGCGUGCGGAAGAGCACGUUUUAAUCUUUUCAGCGUCUUUAGUCCGAGGCCUCAUGUUCUUAGUGCCUGUCAUUCUUCUCCGCAGCCAUGCAGCAGCCAAACUACGCACCUUACUACAAUCAACAAGGAUACUAUCCAAAUAACCCAUAUUAUCCCCAAUAUCAAUCUCAAUGGCCUGCUGCUGCACGCCAGACACCUUACACCCAUCCUUCCUUCUUUCCUCAGUCAUCUCAGGGACCUCAGCAACGAUACAAUUACUCGCAACCUCCGCCCGGUUCUUCGGUGCCCUUGAAGUCGAAUUUAAAGCGCCAUGGUACAGCUCCAGCUACCACCAGUGCGACUCCAGCCGUGCCAACACAAACGCCUAAGCGCAGGAAGAGAACAAAAUCGAACCCUCAGGACCCUUCAAAGGUGGCCGAGACGACUCAGCAUGAGCACCAGCGCACGUCCUCGAAUACAAAGGCGCCGCCACAGAUGUCUGAUUAUCCAACUCGAACGUUUCUGUCCUUAAGUGGUUCCGAUGAGAUUCAUAUCGAGAAUAUAUCCACGUACGCUAUGAAUGAAAUAAGAGCGACAAUAUUUCCCAAAUGGCCCCACGGUAUGGUUUUGGAUGAGCUCAAGGACCUAAAAUGGAAGAUCAAAUUUAGUGGUUCUCCCUGGAAUACGAGUGGGCCGAGUGCGACGAAAGCUUGGGAAAUGUUGCUCGCUCUAUUUACCCUUUUCUCAAGACGAGGAUAUUCUUUCCAAACUUCAAUAUCUAUUGGAACUUCGACACCACGGCUAGUUUUUCUCGCAACCGAAAUCGACUCAUCCAGCCAUUUUUUCUUUGCCCACCCCUUGAAUGGGGGAAGGAAAAUCACUUUCAUUGACCCCCCGACGCGCAUACAACUUCACCUCUUUCCUUACCUGCAAGAGACUUCAGACCUCAGUGGCCACAUAGAGGCCAAAUUCGACGAAGAAGGCACGACUUUUUCGAUCGAGUUGAGGCAGGGUUUGUACACUGCUCAUAGCAUCACCCCGGCACACUUGUUAGUGGAAACCCUUCAGAAAUUAGAGGAACUCAACGUUCAAUUGGAAACUUCAAUCCCCAUGGCGCGUAAAGGUCCAUUCGCAAAACUUGGAUUUGGAGAACGGCCGGAAUUUUAUCUCUUCAAAGCAGUUUCGACAUAG